AUCCUUUAUCGUGGCAACAAGUGUCCUUGAAAGAUGUGCGUAAACAACUCUUGUAUGCUCAUAGUUUUCGGUUUUGUUAUCAUACUGAUUGGAAUUGCUGUUCCUGGCCUUGGCCAAAAUGAGACCAGACAGCAGACGGCCGUUCCGAGCGAGGACUGUGGCAGCACGCAGAGAAUGGUGGAUGAGUGCUUCAAGGAUUUGCCGCCUCAUCUCAUGGAGUUCCUGCAGAACACCAAAAUCGUCAUAAACAAAAGGGACAUCACGACAAAGUGCAACAUUUUCAACCGCGGCAUGCGCUGCUUUGAUGCCUACUCGAAGCGGUGCCUGAACGACCGGAAGCUGGAAACCUUUAAGAACAAUGUGGAAGGGGCCCGACGAUUUUUCUAUAAAUUUUGCGGUGAUGUGGAUUUUCAGAGAGAUUACCUGAGGCACAAGGACUGCUUCGCCUACAUCCAAUUGGACUGGGUCAGCUGCACAUCCGAAUUCGAGAGCAUCCUCAGUGAGGAGGUACACGAUGGGACGCGAAAUGCCAGUGAAAAAUUCAUGGAAUUCUGUUGUGCCCGGUACGCCUACGAGAACUGCAUCUACAAUAGCGCGAGGUACAAGUGCUACAAGAACUCGGCGGAGUUUGCACGGGAGACGGCCAAAAUGUUGUCCGACGAGAAGCACUUCAGGAACUGCGCCAUACUCGAGAAUAUCUGCGGACAAGCCUCCCGGCUGGCCCGCCAAUGGCUCGGCACUCAGCUGACCCUCCUCCUCAUUCUCUUUGUGGUGCGACUCCUGCCGUAAAUCAAAGUUCAACACGAAUGAGUGAGUGGGUGUGAGUGUGCUGUGCUGUGAGUCUAUCUAUGGGUUAUUGGGUGUGGAUGCGUGGAUAUGGAUGUGGUCUGGAGAUGGUGGUUUGAGAUUGGCUUUUAAUUUUUGGGUUGUCCUUCGGUUGUCCAAAUGAAAAUGCCAAGCAUUUUUGUUCUCCCUUCCUUUCUCUCUCUCUCUCUCUAUCUCUCUUACUGUUUCCAUGUGUCCCUUGAUGGUGUCAUGUGGUGUAUUUUUGGAU